CGAGCGACCUGCGCCCCGCCCCUUUCCUCUGGGAAUGCUGGGAUGUUUACAUUACUGGCACUGAGCAGAAAUGGGGAGCAUCUGAGAAACAGUCCUUAAAACAAACCAAAACUUUCCCACUAACUGCGGAAGUCCACACGUUAACAUUUGUUUGCCCGAAUGGUAGCCUGCCACGCAGGAGCGGCCCACAAACUUAACCGCAGCCCUUGAAAAGUAAGAGAAAGAGAGCCGCCAUCAUCAAGACACUGCAGUGAGAACCAAGGCACUUCCUGAGGUGAAAGGGACUCCAUUCCUGCCACCAUGGAUGAACAACCCCAAGGCCAGCAGGCUGCAGUUCCUCAGUUCCAGCCACAGAAGCCACUGCGGCCGGAUAUGGGUCACAAUGCACUUGCAAAUUUUCAGAUUGAGAAGAAGAUUGGACGAGGACAGUUUAGUGAAGUGUACAGAGCGACGUGCUUGCUAGAUCACAUGCCGGUAGCCCUGAAAAAAGUGCAGAUAUUCGACUUGAUGGAUGCCAAAGCUCGUGCAGAUUGCAUCAAAGAAAUAGAUCUCCUUAAGCAACUGAACCACCCAAAUGUAAUUAAAUACUAUGCAUCAUUCAUUGAAGAUAAUGAGCUAAAUAUAGUCCUGGAGCUUGCAGACGCUGGCGACCUUUCACGAAUGAUAAAGCAUUUUAAGAAACACAUGAGGUUGAUACCUGAGAGGACAGUCUGGAAAUAUUUCGUUCAGCUGUGCAGUGCCUUGGAACACAUGCACUCUCGACGUGUCAUGCACAGAGAUAUAAAACCAGCUAAUGUGUUCAUUACAGCCACCGGGGUAGUGAAAUUAGGAGACCUGGGACUUGGCCGAUUCUUCAGCUCAAAAACUACAGCAGCACAUUCUUUAGUGGGUACCCCUUAUUACAUGUCUCCAGAGAGGAUACAUGAAAAUGGAUAUAACUUCAAAUCUGACAUCUGGUCACUAGGCUGCUUGCUCUAUGAGAUGGCUGCUUUACAGAGCCCAUUUUAUGGAGAUAAGAUGAAUCUCUACUCUCUGUGUAAGAAGAUUGAGCAGUGCGACUACCCUCCUCUUCCGUCCGAUCAUUAUUCAGAAGAGCUGAGAAAGCUAGUAGAUCUGUGCAUCAACCCUGAUCCGGAGAAACGGCCCGAUAUUGCUUAUGUGUAUGAUGUAGCGAAGAGGAUGCAGGCUUUUACCUCAGGGAGCUAAGAAUCAAGAAACGGGGCAGAAGAUUUCACCCCCAAAGACAGUGCUACAGAUAUCAUUGGGACACAUUGAGUACUUCAACUGUUUUACUUCUGGUGCUUAACGGAAGCCGGGUGUUUACUAAUGAAGCCCAAGAAGGGUGUAGUACUGGGUGUUACUCUCAAACAGGUUUUUAGAUGCCUUAUGCAGACAUACAGUAGAAAGACAAAGAAAUAUAUAUAUAUAUAUAUAUAUUUUGUUUGUUUUUUACGAGUUUUAGUGGAAAUACAAAUGGAAUGACACACUUAUUAUUCUACUUGCUUGGUUUGUGUUCUGUUAUUGACAUCAGAACUUUAAACUGUUUAUUUCAUAUAAAGAAUUUGAAUUCCAUUACAGUUAGGGAAAAGCUGUAAAUGUCUAUUUUAUUGUUUUUUGUAUUUUUUAUUUUUUUUUUGCUUUAGUUUUAAAUGUUAGUAGUUUUGACACAUGCCAAUAUAAUCCAUUUUUAUUAUAGAAAACAUUACAGUGGCUGUGGUGUACUUUUACACUGUGUUUACUUUUGGGUAAUUCAGUAAAAUCAAACUGGCGAUGUGUGCUUCCAAUUUGAAGUUGCUUAAAAAUCUGGUACUCUUGGUAGUGUUGGAUUGCUGGCAGAAAAUGUAUUUUGAAAGUAGAAAUGGUGCCUGCUUUACUCGAAGUGCAAAAGUAUUAAUUCAGAAAAUGACAAAGUUUACACAAGAUAUAAGCUCCAUCGGUUAAAUCAAAUACCAAUUUGGCUCUAAAUGAGAUUCACUAUUGAGUAUAAAUUCCUGUUAAGCAUUCCAUCCUGUCAAACGAAUGCAGUAAUAAUUUUAAAAAGUGGCGGCUGAUUUACAUAAAUUGUCCAAAUAUGGUCCAGUUACUGCUCACUGUAAUGUACAACUCCUACCUUUUACUAUACCUAUCUCUCAAACUAUACUAUGUGCCUUAUUAAUUGCAGAGCUUCUAUAUUCCAUACCAUGGAAUUACUUGUACUCUUCUUGCGUUGUUGUUCAAACUGUGCAUACCUUUCUGUAGUGAAGCUUCUUGCUUAUUCUCUGCUCAUGAAGAGUCUCCAGAUGAACUUGAUAUCCCAUAAUCCUACCUUUUUUGUAGAAUUGCAUGGGAGAAGACACAACAGAGCUCUUCAUGUACUCUUAGUAUUAAUUUUGUAAUCCAUAAGCCUCUAAAUUAAAACAUGAAAAUGAUCUGAAAUGUGUUUUGAAGUUUCAAGUUGUAAAACGGGACAUAUGCAAAGAAACACCUGAACUGUUGUACAGUGAGGAAUGUUAAAACAUAUUUAAUUCAAAAUCAGCUUAGCAUCUCCAGUACAAUAACCUAUUACAGAAUUAGCAGAUGCUUUAAGAUUUUGACAAAGAUGCCCUAGAAAUGUAUAGUAUAAACAGUGUUAAAUAUAAAAUAAAUUAAACUGUAGAUUAAUAACUGAAAUUUCAUGGAGAGAGAAUUUUAUCUUGUAAAAGCAUAUAAAAUAAUCCACCCUAUCUACAAAAAAAAAAGAAAAAUCAAAUAUUUGAUUGGUACUCUCUUCUCACACAUACUUCUCCUAUGUUUUUAGUAACAGUUACAACUUCUCAAUUCCCAUACAUGCACAAUGCACUUGUGUAAAGCAACAAAUGUGACUUUACAACUGUUACUAAACUAUCGUAAAUAUUUUUUAUUUUGUAUUGUGUAUGUUUGUUUAAUGUGUUAAAUAGCUAAUGUAGGCUAAUGUUUUGCACAAUAUGAUUCUUUUGGCUGAUAAUUAUUUUAUGUGAGUGAGCUAAUGUUGUCCAACUAUUCUAAAUUCAAUUUUACGCAAAGUGAGUGAUUUAGUUUUGCUGUUUGACACGUGCAUGUCCAUAAGAAACAAUUAAUUUGUAAAAUGAAUAACUACCUAAAAUGCACAAUCUGAUUUUCAAAAGUGGAGUUGAGUUACUUCUUGAAUUCAGUAAUGUUGCUUAUCCUGUGUUCCCUUUUGCUAAAAAAAAAAAAAAAAAAAAAAAAAAAAAACACUUGCUGUGUAAGGAAGCAUUAUUUACUAAUGAGUGUAAUGACCAGAAUACCAAACUGAAAAUUAGUGAUUCAUCUCGUAUUUUUUUUUUUCCCCCAAAGCAAUACCGUUCAUAUAUUUAUAUGAAAAAGUAUAUAUUCAGUGUUUUCUGUUUGUAAACUCAAAAGGAUUGUUUAUUUAGAAAAUCCAGGGUAACUGGAUGCUGUACAGAAAUAAGAAAAAAAAUACAAUUGAAUCUGGUUAAAGCAAGAAAAAUACUUGUAGGUACUUUGAUUUGUUGACAGUAGAAAGUGCAAUCUAAAUUUAUACCAAUUUUUGACCUUUUUUUCAUGGUUGUGUUCACGAAUUAUACCAUUAAUGACAUUCAAUUAAAGGUUCAUAUUAAACUGUAAUGCCAAUCCUUUUGAGUAUCUCUAUGUGUAAAGCUCUUGACCAGUAAUUGUUUAUAUAUAAAAAAAAAAAAAAUAACAUGCAUUGUGCUUCUACCACAAAGUACCAUUAGCUGCAUACUGUAGGUGUUGCUGUGACUAUACCGCAUGUAUCAUGGUAUAUAAGUUGCAUUAUAAAUAAUUAUAUUACAGUAACAUUGAUUCAUGUUAACUUGUUGUCAUGAAUAAAAAAAAAAGUAUUUUUGUUAUGCUUUAAA